AUGAAAUUUAAUAUUUUAACUAAUUUAUUAUCAUCAUCAUCAUCAUCAUCAUCAUUAAUUAUUAGAACAACUACUAUUAUAAGAUCAAGAAAAAGUAUUUUAACAACUACUAACACUAAAGCAAAGAUUGCAUCUACACAUUCAUUUAAAUUACAUCCUUUUAAAUCAGUUCAUAAAAGACACAUUCAUUCUUACAACACCACUAGAAACAACAAAUAUAAAAAAUAUAAUCAUAUAAAAUCAGGUCUACCAAUGAUCUCAUCUAUUUACAAUUAUUUAUUUCCGACAUCAACAAACAACUCCCAAAAUUCAUCAACUUCAUUAAUUCAAGAAAAACAAUAUUCAACAAAUAAUCCAAAUAUUUCAUUAGAUUUUAUAAAAAAUUUUCAUCCAAGAUUAAUUACUAUAUUCCAACAAUUAGAUUCAAUAGCUCCAAGAUUUUUGUUAAAUAAAGGUGAUAUAGAGAUAUUAAAUGAUCCAAAACAAUUUUAUGAAACUUUAAAAUUCAAAAUUGCAAAUGCUCAACAUAGAAUAUAUUUAUCUUCUUUAUAUAUUGGAAAAGGUCAAGUUGAAUUAAUACAAUGUUUAGAUGAUGCACUUUCCAAGAAUCAAAAUUUAAAACUUUAUAUAUUAACUGAUGUAUUAAGAGGUACAAGAGAAGCUCCAAAUAAUAUAUGUUCUGCAUCAAUAUUAGUACCACUUGAAAAAAAAUUUGGUAAAACUAGAGUAGAUUUAAGAAUGUAUCACACUCCCAAUUUAUCAGGAAUCACCAAGCAAUUAACACCAAAAAGAAUAAAUGAAGGUUGGGGUUUACAACAUAUGAAAUUAUACGGUUUCGAUGAUGAAAUCAUAUUAAGUGGUGCAAAUUUAUCACAAGAUUAUUUUACUGAUAGACAAGAUAGAUAUUAUUUAUUUAAAUCUUCAAAAUUAACUAAUUACUACUUCAAAAUUCAUGAAGCAAUAGCAUCAAUAUCAUAUCAAAUCAGACAUACAACAAAAUUAAAACAAGGUUUCAAAUUAAUUUGGCCUACAACUAAUGCAUCUUGUGAACCUCAUUUAAAUUUACAGAGGUUUAUAAGUGAUACAUCAUUACUAUUAUCCCCCAUUUUAAAACAACAUGAACUUUCAUCAUUUGACGAAUUCAAAGAUCAUGAAAAUUUCGAUACUAUAGUAUACCCCGUAUCACAAUUCUCACCAUUAUUUCCACAACAACAAGAUUUAUCAACUGAAAAACCAGCAAUUUUGAGGUUAUUAUCAUAUUUAGAUUCUCCAACAAUAAAAUGGUGGUUUACCGCAGGUUAUUUCAAUAUGUUACCACAGAUUCAAGAUCGUUUAUUAAACGGUAAAGCCCUGGGUAAAGUAAUAACAGCAUCACCCAAAGCAAAUAGUUUUUAUAAAUCACCAGGUGUAAGUUAUUACUUACCAGAAGCUUAUCUUUUAUUUGCGAAAAAAUUUCUAGAAUCCAUAAAAAGAUUAGGUAAAGAAACGUUAAUUACCGUAUAUGAAUGGCAAAAAGGUGUAGUUAACACACCAGGUGGAUGGACUUAUCACGCUAAGGGUCUUUGGAUCACUGUUCCCGAUGAAGAAGAACCAAGUAUAACAGUUAUUGGAUCAUCAAAUUAUACAAAAAGAGCAUACAGUUCAGAUUUAGAAAGCAACGCAAUAAUAAUAACAAAAGAUUCCCUCCUCAAGCAAAAGAUGAAAGAAGAAAUCGACCAUUUAAUGGAGAAUGUGAAAGAACUUAAAUUGACUGAUUUCCAACCUAAAAAAUUAAAUAUCAACCCUACCCAAUCAAAGAUAAUUAUAGAAGAUCAUUUAGAAAACAUAGAUAAACCUACCGAAGAAGAAGUUGAUGCUAAAUACGUGAUUGAUGAAGAUCGUAAAAUCAGUUAUGGAGUUCAUUUAGCUGUAAAAAUAUUAGGUGGUAGAUUAUAG